AUGACCCGAGGCGAGGACAGCAAUGGCACGGUGGCCAUGCCCCGACUGGAGGAUAUCCUUCGGUACCCGGAGGACCUGGACAAGAUCCUCGUCCUGAAAGCCGAGUAUUCGCGGAAGAAAGGCGCGGUGGACGCACAGCUCCGCGAGGGCCUCCGGGAUCAGCUGGAAUCCGUGCAGCGCAGCAUCAACGCGCUCACGGAGGGCCAGCGGCAGGUGUCCAAGACCAAGGACGAGCUGCAAGGCAUUGACAAACUGUGCGCGGAAUCCCAGAACAGCGUCGAGGAUUUCUCCCAGAUCGACAAGCUGGCCAAGGUGCAGCGGAACUUCGAAGCGACGCUGAUGAUGAAGAAGGGGCUGGAGACCUUCAGCGAGGACCUGGCCGUGGUCGAGGAUCUGCUGCGGGAGGACGACGACGACCUGGAGAACCAGCCCAACCUUCUGAAGGCCCAUAUGCACAUCUCCCGGCUGCGCGACUUCCGCGACGAGGCCAUGGACCAGAUACGCAAGGCGCAGGACCCCAGUAGUGAGCAGACGCUGGGGGAUUUCUUCCAGGGGCUCGAUUCCGUCAUCGACUGGUUCGAUGAUCAUCUGGGGACGGCCUGCAUGAAUCUCAUUCCGCUGGUGCAGUCGGACAACCCCGGCAUGGUAGUUCGGUUGGCGGUGGUGGUUAUGAACGAAGAGAAGAAUGAUGAGACGGUUCGUGCGUUGCAAGAGGCGCAGAAGGACCAUCAGGACCUGGCCGACCGAUUCAAGUCCAUGAACGUGGGCCCCAAGACGGUGAGAGGCUACAAGGAGAAGUUCCUGCAAGCAAUCGAGUUCUACGCACAGAACCAAUUCGACGAGACCAAGGAGGAAUUUCUUUCGAAUCCGGAUGAUCUCGAUAAGAGCUUCCGGUGGUUCUUCAACGACCUGUACACCGUGCAACAGGGUAUGCAGCCGCUGAUGCCCAAGAAGUGGAAGAUUUACAAGACUUACACGAAUAUGUAUCAUCGCAUGAUUCAUGAUCUCUUCAUUGAGAUGAUCAACGACUCGGAACUUCCAGCCGACAAUCUGCUGGCAAUUAUCCACUGGACGGAGAAGUACUACAAGAAAAUGGCCAAGCUGGGCUGGCAACAGUCCGACCUCCGACCGAACCUUCUCGACGACCGCGAGCCCGAGCUCAUCCGGCAAUGGCAGAACGUCAUCAUCCGCGCUGUUGAAGACUGGACGAACCGGAUCGCCGAAACAGAAAAGAAGAAUCUCGUGGAGCGGAUCCCCGACUCCCUGGACACAAACCCAGAGGGCUGCUUCCGCACCAAGACGCUUCCAGACAUGUGGCGUAUGCUGCACGAGCAGAUCAUGGCCUCGGGGGCCUCGUCGCGAACAGACGUCGUGGAGGGCAUCAUCGAUGCCAUGUUCGCGGUGCUCAAGAGCCGCCAAACGGCCUGGCAGGUCCUCGUCGACGAGGAGUGUGCGAAGUACAAGGCGCCCGGCGGCGACCAGCUCGACGGACUCCAGCUACUGCAGGACUGGCUCAUCGCGAUCGCGAACGACCAAAUCGCCUGCAUCGACGACAACGAGGAGACAGGCCAGCUGGGCUACCUGACGCGGUUCAAGCGCGAUUUCGAGACCAUCGUGGACCCCAAGUACAUGGCGUCGCGGGCGAUCCCGGAGCUGGAGGCGCUGCGCGACGGCUACGUCGACCUCAGCACGCACUGCCUGAACCAGUUCGUCGAGCUGAUCUUCGCCGUCGACUUCCGCGCCACCAUUUCGGACUUCUUCACGCAGAAGUGGUACAGCGACUUCGCCGUCAAGCGCAUCACCUCCACCUUCGAGGACUACAUGGCCGACUACACGCCUGUGCUGCACCCGUCGCUCAUCGACAUCCUCGUCGAGGAACUCUCCGACGAGCUCCUGGUCCGCUACCUCUCCUCCGUCCGCAACCGCGGCGUCAAGUUCCGCCACCACACCGACCCCUACACCGACAAGUUCAAGGACGACGUCCUCACCGUCUUCGCCUUCUUCCAGAACUACCCGGACUCCUUCGCCGGCACCAUCAAGCAGAAGUGGCGCCUGGUCGAUUGGUUGGUGCGCCUGCUCGAGACUGAAAAGGGCCCCGCGCUGGUCGCCGUCUACGAGAGCUUCAAGACCGAGUACUGGGAUCUGCAGCUCUCAUGGGUCGAGGCCGUCGUGCGCACGCGCGACGAUUUCGAGCGGAGCAUGAUCAGUGCCAUCAAGGCCAAGGCCGCGGAACUGUCGGUCGAACGCGGCAUGGAGACGCUCAUGAGUAAAGUUCGGUGA